UUGGUUACAUUGCGGCGUAUUGUCAUAACAAAAAGUGGUAAAUUUAUUAAAUUAUUGAAAAAAUGACUGCAGACAACUGUGAAACAGAUCGGAACGGUGCUGCUGAGCUGCUGGACUCGCUUUACCUAGACAUGUUUCAUCUUAUUGAAGCGCACACCAAUUGUCGCGUUGACAUCGAGCGUACAAACUCAAAUGGGGCUAUACUGCUGGCGCGAACCAAAUUUCAGCAAGGAGGUAAUUCAAUUGGAACAGCACAAAUACCAACUGAAAACAGUGCCGAGUUCAAUGCAUUGUGCCGCGUUGUUAAGGACUCAGAUACCGGUAACGACGUCACCGUUGAACGGCUCGCUGUGGAUAAAGAAAACGGCUAUGUGGAGCCACUGCAUUGGUUCAGCGUCCUGCCACCAAUGAGCUUGAGAAAUGCAGCAGAUAAAUUCAAAAAAUCAAUUGAACUCGUUGCGGAAAGCACAAAUCUGCAACGGGAGCUUAACGCCGUAUUGAAUGGAAUUGACAGGCUACGUCGAUGCGCUGCACUAAAGUAAAUUCUAUGUGUAUUAAUCAAAAUUUAGUAUAAUAUAUGCUUGUUUUAAUAAGAAUAAAGUUCAUGAUG